UUGUCUCCUUAAGUCCUCCAGGUCAAGAAGUCAGACCAACACAGAGCAUGGAAAGGAGGCAACGGACACGGACACUCCGUAGCUGAUUCUGGAGAAGCAGUUCAGCCCCAUGGGGGUGCGAGCCCAGGCCGUGACAGCCUCUGCCCUGAUGCAUUGCAUCCAGCUUCCCCCGGCAAGAUGUGAGGAGAACUGCGUGAAUCCUGAACAUUGCCUGACCACAGAUUGGGUACAUCUCUGGUAUAUAUGGUUGCUGGUGGUAAUUGGCGCACUGCUUCUCCUGUGCGGCCUGACUUCUGCAUGCUUCCGCUGCUGUCUGAGUCACCAGCAAAAUGGGGAAGAUGAGGGCCGGCCUCCCUAUGAAGUGACAGUCAUCGCUUUCGAUCAUGACAGCACUCUCCAGAGCACAAUCACUUUUCUAUUCCUUCUUUCCUCUCUAGCCCUGCAGUCAAUAUUUGGCCCUGCAGCUCGAAGAAUCCUGGCUGUGGCUCACUCCCACAGUCCCCUUGGCCAAUUGCCCUCCUCCUUGGACACCCUCCCAGGGUAUGAAGAAGCUCUUCACAUGAGUCGCUUCACCGUUGCAAGGUGUGGACAGAAGGCGCCUGAUCUACCCCCAGUGCCAGAAGAGAAGCAGCUCCCUCCAAAGGAUGAGUCUCCUCGAGCAGAACACGCUUCAAAUUGAUGGGAACUCUGGUUUUAUAUAUGGGGUGGGGGUUUCUCCAGAGUUGCUACAGACAGAUAAAUGAAACUUUUCUUUCUAACUUUUGGAAGAUUUAGGAAGACAACUAAACAUUUUUCAGUGGAAAGGAUGGGUUCCAACUCUUGAUUUCCAGCCACAUCUAUUUUCUAAGAUGGAACUGCCCUAACGGGAAACUUGAAUUCCUUGUCUGGUGGCCAGACUUUGCAAUUAAUCUCUAGCGAUGCUGAUUACUACAGAACCAAGAAAACAUCAAAAUUAUCUUGAAUUCCUUUAGCUGUUGAGUUCCUUUACCCAUAGGAUACUGCAAGUGGUUUUUCUUUCCACCAGCUAUAACACAGUAGUAGAUAGUAACACACCUGAGGAGAAAGACAAGAGCAUAGGCACAGCCACAGACAUUAAUGCAUCGAAGUCAUGAAUUUUUCCUCCUGAGAGAACAUUCACUUUUAUGCUGAAUGGCAAUGAUACUCUGGGACAUCAUGUCAACCUAAGUGGACAUCCAGGAUCCAGGGGUAGAAUUGCAGAUACGGGUUAAGAGAACACAGUAUAGUAUCAAAGUGCCAAAUAUCAAAGUCUUUCCUUCACUUUGGUCCUACCCACUAGCAGUAUGAGAAACUGCACAGAGUGCCGAAACAGUUUCUACUCAUUUUUCGGUUCCUCUGCCUUGCAAACACACGUGCACACACACACACACGCAUGCAGGCAUACACAUGCAUAUGCUGUGUUUUCUAAGUCUAAAAGAAUAGCAUUGUUUUGCUUCUUUUCUGUUUCCAGCUUUGACCACUUAAAGCCACGUGUCCAUAGUGGCACACUCUAGUGGGGUGGCCUUCACUGCCACCUAGUGGAACCAUGGUAGAAAUGGCUCUCCGUACCCCUCUCCAGUUCCUGGAGCGACUAACUGAACUCAGCCUGGAGGGGAUACUUCCGGGGGCCACCAUCUUGCCCUGUAGUGCUAAGCUGUGCACCUGACAUACUACUGGACAUUUGAGGAUGUAAUGUAUUGUUACUUGGCAAUUGAGGAAGUGUAGUGCAUUGGGGAAAAAUGACAUGCCAGUGACCUUAGAUAAAUCAUCGGAAAUCUGUAGAGCAGUUUUCCCACUUGUAAAAUAGGGGAUAAUAACACCUCCAAGGGUUGUUGUGAGGAUCAAAUAAACUAAAUAUAAACGACAAGAUUUGUAAAGUAUUAUGCACACGUAUUUGAUACUCUUACUAUUGACAUCAAAUUUUCACCUUUCUGCUGAUUCCACUGAGAAUCAUUUGUCCUUUUGCCAGUCAGCCUGUGAUGUUAUCACUAAGUCACACCAAAAGUCACUUUAUUUCUUCAAUAAAGAUUUGUUGAUUGAGG